AGCACAAGACUCUCACCCAGUCUUGGAGAGGCAGAUUUUUGAGGAAUGUGUCCCAGAGGAAAUGAAUUCUAAACUGAGAAAUGGAAGUGUUAACUGGCCAGAGGCAGAAGGAUGGGAGAAAAAGAACAGCAUGUGCAGAGCCCAGAGAGAGCAGAGUUGAACAAUGACCGUAAUUGACAAAACUUCUGAAUCUUCAGACCCAUCAACCUAUCAGGAUCAUCAGCCUGGCAGUUCUGAGUCCGUCUCACCUGGAGACAUGGAUACAGGUUCUGCUAGCUGGGGUGCUGGUGCUGUGUCUUCAUUAAAUGAUGUUUCAAAUCACACACUUUCUUUAGGACCAGUACCUGGUGCUGUGGUUUAUUCAAGUUCAUCUAUACCUGAUAAAUCAAAACCAUCACCUCAAAAGGAUCAAGCUCUAGGUGAUGGCAUUACUCCUCCACAAAAAGUUCUUUUCCCAUCUGAGAAGAUUUGUCUUAAGUGGCAACAAAUUCACAGAGUUGGAGCCGGGCUCCAGAAUCUGGGCAAUACCUGUUUUGCCAAUGCAGCACUGCAGUGUUUAACAUACACGCCGCCUCUCGCCAAUUACAUGCUCUCACAUGAACACUCCAAGACAUGUCAUGCAGAAGGAUUUUGUAUGAUGUGUACAAUGCAAACGCAUAUUACCCAGGCGCUCAGUAAUCCUGGGGAUGUUAUUAAACCGAUGUUUGUCAUUAAUGAGAUGCGACGCAUAGCUAGGCACUUCCGCUUUGGAAGCCAAGAGGAUGCCCACGAGUUCCUUCAGUACACUGUUGAUGCCAUGCACAAGGCCUGCUUGAACGGCAGCAAUAUAUUAGACAGACCUACCCAGGCUACCACGCUCGUUUGUCAAAUAUUUGGAGGGUACCUAAGAUCUAGAGUCAAAUGUUUAAAUUGCAAAGGUGUUUCUGAUACGUUUGAUCCAUAUCUUGAUAUAAUAUUAGAGAUAAAGGCUGCUCAGAGUGUUAACAAGGCAUUGGAGCAGUUUGUGAAGCUGGAGCAGCUCGAUGGAAACAACUCAUACAAGUGCAGCAAGUGUAAAAAGAUGGUUCCAGCUUCAAAGAGGCUCACUAUUCAUAGAUCCUCUAAUGUUCUUACACUUUCUCUGAAACGUUUUGCAAAUUUUACUGGUGGAAAAAUUACCAAGGAUGUGAAAUAUCCUGAGUAUCUUGAUGUUCGACCAUACAUGUCUCAAUCAAAUGGAGAACCAAUUAUUUACGUUUUGUAUGCAGUACUGGUACACAGUGGUUUUAAUUGCCAUGCUGGCCAUUACUUCUGCUACAUUAAAGCUAGCAAUGGCCUUUGGUAUCAAAUGAAUGACUCCACCGUAUCUACCAGUGAUAUUAGAUCGGUACUGAAUCAACAAGCUUAUGUCCUCUUUUAUAUCAGGUCCCACGAUGUGAAGAAUGGGGGUGAACUUACUCGUUCCACCCAGAGCCUCGGCAAGGCCUCCCCCCGCCCAGCCAUCAGUCAGCGGGUGGUCAACAACAAGCAGGCCGCACCAGGGUUUAUCGGACCACAGCUUCCGUCGCACGUGAUGAAGAACCCACCUCACUUAAACGGGACCGGACCAUUGAAAGAAACGCCAAGCAGCUCCAUAUCGAGUCCUAAUGGAAACUCCAGUGUUAACAGGGCUGGUCCUGUUAAUGCUUCAACUUCUGUUCAAAACUGGGCAGUGAACAGGUCCUCAGUUCUUCCAGAACAUCCCAAGAAACAAAAAAUCACGAUCAGUAUUCACAACAAGUUACCUGUUCGCCAAGCUCAGACUCAGCCUAACCUACAUGUCAAUGCUUUAGAGAACCCGAACAAGCCAGUUCCCUCUGCUACCAUCACCAGUCCUUCUGCGAUACAGUCUACCUCGAGUGCAUCUGCAACGUCAGUUUCUAGUAAAGUAACAAAGCAGGUUACCCUGAGCGAGUCCUGUUCCAAGCCAGUGAUGAACGGCAAGUCCAAGCUGAACCCAGGAGUCCUGGUCCCUUAUGGUGCCGAGUCAUCGGAAGAGUCUGACGAGGAGGCAAGGGGCCUAGGCAAGGAGAACGGUGUAGGCGCCGUUGACAGCUUGCCUGCUUCUCUUCAGGACGCCAGCGAGAACGAGGCCUCUCAGCACGAGCUCCAAGAACCUGUUACUCUAAAUGGUGCUAACAGUACAGACAGUGACCUGAAAGAAACUGGUCUGCCAUUUGAUGGUGCCAGUUGCCAGGUCCAGCCUGCUCUGCACUUAGGAAAUCCCUUCUCCAAGGCAAACGGUCUGCCUGGGAAGCUGAUGCCUGCCCCUUUGCCGCCGCUCCCAGAGGACAAAAUCUUAGAGAACUUCAAGCUUGGCAACAAAGUGAAAGUCUUGACAGAGGAAACAAGUGCACCUGGGACCGAGAGAAGCGCCCCGGAGGGUCCUGAAGCAGCACCUGAGGCUGGCGGCCCUGCCCCUGGGUCCCAGGAGGGACUGGAUGCCAUCACGAGCCUUAGUAGCAAACUGAAAAAGGCUUUGGCACCCUCAGACCCCAGCAUUAAAUCUACCAAAGAAGAAGUUUCUGAAAAUAUUUCAGCAAAACCUGAAGAGUCUUUGCCCAGUAUCAGCAGUCUUUGCAGCACCAACAAGAGUGCCGUGGGGGGCGACCAACUUUCUAAACUGUGUGAGUCUGCGAAUCUAACAAACGAUCAGAGCCCACCAGCCACGGCCGUGACAGGGAUGUUAAUGGAGAGUCCACAGGGCUUGGCAGCAGUGAAAACGGCAGGGAAUUUGAGUCCAAGGUCCCCAGCACGAGCCGAGGGUGACUCUGAGCACGAACUCGUAGUCUACAUUAGCCAAGACACGUCCGUGGAUGCGGAGGCCCCUCAUGAGGGCGCGGGUGCACCUCCAGCUGAGCUGCCUGCCCCUCAGUUGGACAAGAUCACAGAAAGUCAUCUGGAAGCAGGCCCUGAACAGAGUCCCAGCGAAGGAUGGGAAGAAAUUAAGGCUGGGCAGAAAGUUCGGGACCGCUCUCCAGUUAAGGAGAAAAUCAGUCUCAGAAAGGUUGACCGAGGGCAUUACCGCAACCGAAGAGACCACUGCUCCAGUGAGGAGUGGGCCUGGGACGGCCGGAGCAAGACCAAGGACCGCCAGUCCCGGAAGCAGCCCUUGUCCGUGAGGGGGCACAGCAGGUCCCCGGUCAGGUCCGGCCACCACCACUCUCGAAACCGGAACAGGUCAGACCAGGACUGGAGCCGAUACCACCACUUGGAAAGCGAGCACUCCUGGGGCCAGGAGAAGUAUUACCCAGAGAAGAUGCAGUGGGAUAGAGGCCAGCGCUCCCAUGGCAGGUACACCCCCAAUGUGGCACGGGAGCUGCGGGACUGGAAGUCCUUCCACGGGUACCAAGAGUAUGACAGAGGCAGGCCAUGCAGUGGCCGGCCAAACAAGGACUAUCACAAAGGCAGGAAGGGGUAUGAGCUGGUUGCCAAAGAGAAGGGCCAGCACCAUUCCAGCAGCCCCCGAGCAGGCCCGCCGCCUGCCCUGUUCCUCGAGCAAUGCACCCACAAGCUGGCACCUAUGGCUGAGGACAGCGGCUGCGACCUCGCCCAUCGGGUUCCUGAGCACGAAAGCGUGCGGUCACGGAAACGGAAAUGUAGUGCAGAGGAUAAUGACGACCACUGGGGCCGCCUGCAGGAGGACCCUUCAGAAGGGCCUCGAGUAAAGAAGCAUAAGAAGUCAAAGAAGAAGAAGAGAUCCAAAGACAAACACCGGGACCGAGAUUCCAGGCACCCACAGGACUCAGACCCCUCAGCAAUGUGCUCUGAUGCCGACCUCCACAGGCACAAAAAGAAAAAGAAGAAAAAGAAGAGACACUCGAGGAGAUCAGAGGACCUUGUGAAAGAUUCACAGCCACCCUUCCCCAAAGCCACCAGCUUCGAGACUGGGGCCCACUUCCGGAGAGCUGGGAGCAACUUCUCCCUCACCAGUGGCCUACCUCUGGAAGAUGUUGGACGUUUCCAUGAGAAAACAAAACAUUUGAGGAUGGAAAGCAGGGAUGACAGGUGCCGUGUGUCUGACUGUGUCCAGGGUGAAAACUUGGCUGCAAAACACAAAAUUCACUACUUAUGAUUCACCGUGUUCCACAGAAGCCAUGUCAGCCCAGUUUAAAUUAAAACUAUAGAAAUAACUUUGUUCAAAUCUGCGUGGUGCUUCUUUAGUAAAUACUGUACAGAUUUUACCAUGGAGAACUUUUUUUAGUUUUUACCUUUUCUUAAUUACCCUUAUUCCAAAUGGAUGAACACUUUCUACAACUGCUGACCACUGUAAAGUACUGUGUAUAUAAAUCACAUUGAAAAUAACGCCCUGGACUAAAACAUCUCAAAUGCUGCUUAAUCACAGACUCAGGUUGAUCACUCGUAUUCCAUGUAAUGCUCCUCCAAGUUAGACACCCGGUGCAAGACCAACCGGGAAACCAUGGGAUUAUUAAAAGUACAAACUGACAGUGUGUAUAUUUAAUUUAAAGACUUAUUUAAAGAUUCACAUGCUCUCAGACUUUUGAGAGCAGUCUGUUUUCUGUAAUGUCUGAUACUAGAAACUAAUUUGCUUCAUAUUUUAGUUGUAUUCAAGAUUUGAAGAUGUAUUUUAUAGACAAGUUCUGUUUUUGAACUUUGUGGAACUAUUCCAAUCAAUUUACCAGUUAUGAUGAGUAUUUACAUUAUGAAUGUAUAAUUCAAAUAUUAUUUGUAAAGCCUACAGUAUGUUUUUAUUACAUAACACUUUUUUAUACAGUGUCUAUUGUCUUGACUAUGAUAUUGGCAUCUGAGUUGUCAGCUUGGUCCCUUAAAGUUUCUAGUUACAGACAAAAUCAUACUGUGAUUUUAUUUUUAAUAUGGAUAUGCUAUCAAACUGUGAUACACUUAUAAUUCACUGGUCCUGCAUCAGGAGAUGGGAGUGGGGACAACUGUAUUUAAUACAGUCUGUAUCUGAAUAAUCUGUAUGGUUUAUACAGUUUGUGUUGUUCAGAGAUGUCUAAAGUUUGAUCUUUGUUUUUUUAAAGAUUAAAAAAGCACUUGCCCCACUGUAAAUAUACAGCAUGUAAAAUUUAUAUAGUAUAUAAAUGGCAGCAAAUUAAA